GACGGGCCGCCCGAACUGAACCGCCAGAGCCCCAACUCCUCCUCCUCCUCGUCCUCCUCGUCGUCUUCUUCGCGCCGAGGGGCGCACGGCGGCCUGGUGAGCGGCCUCCCUCCCGGCGGCGGCCAGGGGCUCAACGUGCCGCCCAACCUGCUCCCGCAGACGCUGCUGAACGGGCCGGGCGGCGGCGGGGUGGCGCUGCCUCCUCCGCGGGGGCCGCCGGCGUCCUCCUCGUCCUCCUCCUCCUCGUCGUCCUCCUCUUCUUCCUCGUCGUCGUCCUCGACAGCGUCCUCCGGCGAGGCGUGCGGGAAGCGGCCGGGCUCGGUGUCGAGCAGCGGCGACCAGGAGCGGGAGCUGAAGGAGAAGCAGCGCAACGCGGAGGCGCUGGCCGAGCUGAGCGAGAGCCUGCGCAACCGGGCCGAGGAGUGGGCCAGCAAGCCCAAGCUGGUGCGCGACACGCUGCUGACGCUGGCCGGCUGCACGCCCUACGAGGUGCGCUUCAAGAAGGACCACGCGCUGCUGGGCCGCGUCUUCGCCUUCGACGCCGUCUCCAAGCCCGGCCUGGACUACGAGCUGAAGCUCUUCAUCGAGUACCCCACCGGCUCGGGCACCGUCUUCUCCAGCGCCUCCGGCGUGGCCAAGCAGAUGUACCAGGACUGCAUGAAGGACUUCGGCCGCGGCCUCUCCUCCGGCUUCAAGUACCUCGAGUACGAGAAGAAGCACGGCUCGGGCGACUGGCGCCUCCUGGGCGACCUCCUGCCGGAGUCGGUGCGCUUCUUCAAGGAGCUGGUGGGCGCCGACAUGCUGCCCCAGCCCUACAUCGACGCCUCCUGCCCCAUCCUGCCCAACGCCCUGGUCGGCCUGCCCCGCGCCGCCGCCGCCGCCGUGGCCCCCGGCAUGGACCAAGUGCACCCCCCCAACAUUCCGGACUCUCCCAUGGCCAACAGCGGACCCCUGUGCUGCACCAUUUGCCACGAACGCUUGGAGGACACCCACUUUGUGCAGUGCCCCUCGGUGCCCAGCCACAAGUUCUGCUUCCCCUGUUCCCGGGAGAGCAUCAAGGCCCAGGGGGCGACGGGCGAAGUCUAUUGCCCCAGCGGCGAGAAAUGCCCCUUAGUCGGUUCCAACGUGCCUUGGGCAUUUAUGCAGGGCGAGAUUGCGACCAUUUUAGCUGGCGAUGUGAAAGUGAAAAAGGAGAGAGACCCUUGAGAAAACAAAACACAGCCCAGCGACACACACAGGCAGCAAACUCAACUCCCUUCAGCCUUCUGAAGAUGUAGAAUUGUGAAUAUUGAAAACAACCCCCCGCCCCACGAGAAACAGUACUGCAAAAAGUUUAGUCUUAUGUAUAGACCUUAUUUUCGUCGUAUGUUUCUAUAUUUUGAAACAAAGGUAUGUACCCUUCUUCAUUUGAAGGAUAGAGCUGUUCUUUACCCCCCCUCCCCGUUUUUGUUUUGUUAAAAACAGAAUAUAAUAUUUGUUUGGUUACCACAUAAUACCUGUUUCUCAUUUCUUUGGCAGUGUGUUGGCUAGGUACACAGUUUAAUAGCCGUUAGCUAUUCCUUGCUGCUGGUGUGUAUUUUUGUAAAUGUAUGCACUUCUCUAAAAGAAGAAAAAUGAAAAAAAAAAUAAAAAACUUUCUUUUUGCCAAGGCCAGUGUUGACGCCUAAAAGAAAAAAAAAUGCUACAAAAUGGUGACAAGCUUAUGUUUUACAAGCCCAGAGGUGUUAGUCGUUCACUUUUUUCCUUUAUUCCCCUCCUUUUCUUGUUUUCUUUUAAUUUUCUUUUUUGUUUGUUUGCAAAAUGGUGGGGUGGUAUGGGGGUGUUUUGUUCCAACUUUGUAAAGAAAAUGUUUCAGUUUGUUUCUAUUGAUCUCUGAACGUUUUACUCUCUUUUUUUUUGCUUUAUUGAUGCACGGAAGCUUUUGAACACUAGAGCAAAAUUUGCUGUACAUGGAAAACAUGCUCUGUUUGUCCUUUAUACAUUUCUGUAGUUAACAGAACACUGUAAUGUGCCUUGGAGCUUAGUAAAUUGUAAUAAAUUCAAUUGAUAUUAAUA